UUCGACUUGAAAUAAAAAUGGGGGAAAGAAAAGUAUUAAAUAAAUACUAUCCUCCUGAUUUAGAGAAUUUCAAACUACCCAAGCUAAACCCAAACCGCUGUAAACAGUAUGUCGUUCGAUUAAUGAUACCAUUUACCAUGAGAUGCAAGACGUGUGGUAAUCACAUAUAUCACGGAAAGAAAUUCAACGCGAGGAAGGAGACAGUCGAGGGUGAGAAGUACCUUGGUAUGCCAAUCUUUCGAUUCUACAUACGCUGUCCUGUGUGCCUCUCAGAGAUAUCAUUCAAAACAGAUCCAGAGAAUAUUGACUAUGCUGCUGAGGCUGGUGCUUAUAGAACAUUUCAAGCAGAGGCCAUUGCUGUGAGAGAGAUUGAGCGCAAGCAACAAGAGAAAGAAGAAGAGGAGGCCAACAACCCAAUGCUGGCAUUAGAAAACAGGACCAAAGAGUCAAGGAGAGAGAUGGACAUUCUUGACGUGCUUGAAGAGAUAAAGGACAUAAACGCUCAACAAGAAGGAGUCUCAUUUGAACAACUAAUGGAGAAACACCUCGAGAAAGAGAGGGAAGAGUCACAAGAAGAGGAACAGAUUGUUGAUGCACUUGCAAAGUAAACCAUUAACAAACAACCUCACCUGUGAACAAUAUGUACACACACACACUGUGGUAGUGUAAUAUA